AUGUUGUUUUCAGUUGGAGGGAGCCUUUCUUGUCGUAACGACAUGAUUCUAGCUCUACGUAUCCAGGAGGUCUGCCUUGUCCACUGGCCUCAGUUGAGCUUGAGCCGCAAGGGCUCUGGGCCAUUCCAGCCGUGCGGAGUUUCCUCAGGUCCCGAGAUCGGGUUUGAGGAGAGUUCGACUCUUCCUCCCUGGCUUCGUCAGAUUUUUUAUUUGUUUACACCGACCCCUGGGCUUUUGGAGGCCUCUUUGCCAAAUUACCAUGCACCCAGCUGUCUUCUUAUCCAGCACGUACAUAUCGAGCGCUCCGCCGCCACUUGGGCAACUUCUGGCUGGCGUCGGGCUGAAGAGACAUCUGGCCAGGCGGCGGCCGCUACGGGUGUCAAGACAACAUCUCCUCAUGACAAUCGUUGUUCCAGUCACGAAGGCCUGGCUACAGCCAGCCUUGGGAAACCUCUUGUCCAUGGAUCUGCUUCAGCUGGUCUCUCUACUUCUCACCCAUCAUCCUCUAUUGCAGCCUCAGCUUAUGCUUCCUCAAGUAAUACCAUGCUUCCAGGCAUGAACUCUCCGCAGCUAAACGUAUCUAAUCCUCAGGCGUCCUGCCUCCUUCCACUGCUACGUGCUCUGGUAACUUGUGAAGCGGCUAGCCUUACAGUGAACACUGUCUCUCUUCUGCCACAUUUGCCCCAAACAUCUAUAUCGGUGAGGGGGGCAAACUCCGUUCCUCGGCCCCAAGAAGAUGCAAAGGCAACUGGUCUCGAGAAGCCAUCACCCUCUACUAACCUGUCUCAGCCGCCGGUUGGAAUGUCCAUGGCCGCAUUUGUGCAAAACAUCGCCAUUUUUCUUUGCCCUUCCUUCCGGCAAAUUCCAUGCGUCCCCAAUACUGAGCUUUGUCUUCGCCAUUUGGCGGAAGCAAACUCACCCCGAAGUCUGCAACAAUGGCUGGUCGGCCUAGAGAAAACUUUUACUUCGUCUUGCAUCUGCAUUGCAGAUCUUGAUCAUGCCGAGGUCCGUUGUUUCGCCAGUCCCCUGAAUCCAUCCGAGCUGGACGAAAGUUCUCGAGCCAAAAUGGCUAGCCCUAACAACACGACCUCCUCGCAAGCGCCACUACCCCUUCGCAUUGAUGCUCGCAUUACAAACAAUUCGUUGCGCCUGCGUACUUGUGCCGAUAGUCUUUCUGGUUUUAAGGCUAUUGUGCAAGCGCUUCUGCCACAGCUACCUCUGGUGCUGCCGAACACGACCCAGCAAUCAACAUCACUUUCAUCUAGUCAGGCUGCAGCAUCCGCUUCGAAUCAAUUUAGGCCUGAACCCGGCAAAUCACUGGCAGGACCUCUUCCUCAUGGAACUGUAAGUAUUUCACCUCUUUUGAGCUCUUAUUGUAUGGAACUGAUACCCACUAUUUCUUUGAAUCUCUGGCUUUAUACACAUUGUUGUUUGAGGACUAUAUUAAUUUCAUACCAAAUGAUUGGAUUACUUGUAGAUCUUAUGGUCAUUUUGCCUGUAUAUUAA